UUUUCUGAUGAACGUGUGAGAUGGCUCAAAUGUGAUGUGUCCAAAGCCGCUGAUUUGAAAGCCACAGCUGCAAAAUGCAAAGAAUUCCAAGAUGUCAACGGCAUCAUUCACGCUGCUGGGGUGUUGGCUGAUAAGAUGUUGGCUGAGCAGACAGAGGAGAACAUCCGCAUGGCUUUUGGCCCCAAGGUCUUGGCUGCCUUGCUUUUGCCCAAGUUGCUGGAACCAACGGACUUUGUCGUCUUCUUUUCAUCGGUUGCUGCGGUGCUGGGAAGCCCUGGUCAGGUGCCUUAUUCGGCAGCAAACGCAGUCCUUGAUGGCUAUAGCGCAUUUGCCGUGCGCUCUCAAGGAUCCAGGAUGCUCAGCAUUCAAUGGGGCCCCUGGAAGGAAGCUGGCAUGGCAGCGAACGAGAAGGCUUUGAGGCGCGCAAGUGAUUUCGGCUUUGGCGCGUGGAGCAACGACCAAGGCUUUGCAAUUUUGGAAGAUCUUGUUCGGAUUGGUGCUGGAGGAGUCAUCUCUGCAGUUUCAGUAGCUUGGGAACGCUUCCAGUGGCCUAGCUAUUCCAGUUUGACCUCCAACUUUGUGCCGGCCAAGAGAUUUGUUCCCAAGUCAGAACUUGCCAGAUCAGAACCGUUCUCGCAAACGGCAGUGGUGACUACACUGAAGAACCUCACUGAAGCCAUGCUGGGGCAUGAAGUCAGCGCAGAAGAGCCUUUGAUGGAUGCUGGGAUGGAUUCACUCUUGGCAGUGGAGUUUGCCCGCCGCCUCAGCCGAGAAUUUGGGCAAGUGUUGCCAGUGACCAUUGUAUUUGAUUGCCCGACACUCGGUGCCAUUGCGGACAGGAUCAAAAGGGGCAUGACAACACAUGGUCUUGGAGAGACCACUUCGAAAGCAUUGCCCGUGGGGCUCACCAAUGGAAUGGCUCUUGUCUCAGCAAGCUCUUUGCUUCCGUUCUGUUUCGGCCUUGACAGUAUGCUUCAAGGGUUGGAUUGUGUGACAGGUGUACCAUUUGCCAGACUGGAUCUUGAUGCGUACUUUUCCCCGGAUAUCGAGGCUGAGGGCAUGACAUACACGAAGCAUGCAGCUUGUAUGGAUGGUGUUGAGUGGUUUGGCAACUUCUUCAACAUCAAUGCAACAGAGGCCAGGACUAUGGAUCCACAGCAACGCCUUCUCUUGGACACAGCUGUCUCGGCGAAUUGCGAAGCCUUGGACGGGUCUGAUGCUGCCGUUGUUGUGGGCAAAGCCAAUCAUGACUGGUCAUUCCAAGAUCACCUAGCUACAUCGUUCAUGGGCACUGCUGUAUCCCCUGCGAUCACUGCCAAUCGCCUUAGCUUCCUCCUCAACUUGAAGGGGCCUAGCAUGACGAUCGAUACAGCUUGCUCGUCCAGCCUUGUCGCGCUUGCUACAGCGAUGAGAUUGCCAAGCUCUCAAGCUUUGGUAGGUGGCACCCAUGUGAUCCUGAGCCCUGUGCCAUUCAUUGGAUCUUGCGCAGCAAAGAUGCUGUCCAAAGUUGGCCGCUGCCUGACCCUUGAUGCAUCCGCUGACGGAUAUUGCAGAGGUGAGGGCGUAGCAGCUCUGAUUUUGCAGCCCAGUGCAGAUGCCAAGGUCGCUGGAAUUCUGAGUGUGGCAACCAAUCAUGAUGGGCGAAGUGCCAGCCUCACCGCUCCAAAUGGGAAGGCGCAGGAGAACCUCUUUCGAACAAGUUUGGCCUUGGCUUCUUUGCAGACAGUGGAUGUUGUGGAGCUUCACGGUACUGGAACUAAGCUAGGUGAUCCUCUUGAAGCAGCUUCCACCAUGGCUGUUUUUGGCAAGUCAGGCAAGCCUGUUUGUGGAGCUGUGAAGUCAAACAUGGGUCACUUGGAAGGAUCAGCUGGUAUGGCUGGUCUCUUCAAGCUGAUUUGUACUCUUCGCAACAAAGCUGGGUCUCCGAAUUUGCAUCUGAAGUGUCUCAACCAACACAUCUCCAGCAACAUUAUUGUGAGCGAAGCCUGUGCCGAUCUCAGACAAAGCACGGCAACCUUGUCGGGGGCAGUGUCAUCUUUUGGUUUCGGUGGCAGCAAUGCCCAAGCGCUUUUGAUGCCUGGCACCAGAGGCAAGCCUUCGAGCAAACCCCAUGACUUGGGAGGCCAUUUCGCAUGGUCAAGCGCGGCUGCUUGGACCUAUGCCACGAGGUGGGAAAGAGUAGGGGCUAAGGUCACCAAUCAGAUCUCCUUGACAGGACCUGCGGGUCUUCAUUGCUUGGAGCCCGUUUUCAUAGAUACUAGUCAAGGAGCAAACAUGUUGGCAAUCUCCUGUUGGACAGCAAAGGCAGAAGAAGAGGAGAUAGAAAACUUGACGCUUCGAGCUAUCGAGAUGCUGCGGAUUUUGCAGCAAGCAGCGGCGAGCAAGGAAACUUGGUUUGUGGUGGUUGCUGGCAACGGGGCCUUCGCAGAGGCUUGCUUCAGUGCAGUGUCCAGCAUGCUUCGCAGCGCCUUGUGCGAGCAGCCAUUGGAUGUGCAGGUGGUCCAUGUCAAUGCCACUACAUGGGAAUCGGUGAGGUCCAUCCUGGCAGAGACGAAACUGCCACUGAUCUCUGAAGAUCCUGUUUGUCGUGUAGUGGAUGGUGUGCUGGAAGCACCGCGGCUGCAGAAGUGGAUUCCGGACAGCUCUGUGACAAGAGCUGCUAUUUGCACGGGGGGCCGAUAUGUAGUCACUGGCGGCAGCGGUGCUCUUGGUGAAAGCUGUGUGCAAUGGCUUUUGGGUCGAGGAGCUGGACAUGUGACGAUCUUGUCUCGAAGCGAGCCUGAGUUUUCUGAUGAACGUGUGAGAUGGCUCAAAUGUGAUGUGUCCAAAGCCGCUGAUUUGAAAGCCACAGCUGCAAAAUGCAAAGACUCCCAAGAUGUCAACGGCAUCGUUCACGCUGCUGGGGUGUUGGCUGAUAAGAUGUUGGCUGAGCAGACACAGCAGAACAUCCGCAUGGCUUUUGGCCCCAAGGUGUUGGCUGCCUUGCUGUUGCCCAAGUUGCUGGAACCAACAGACUUUGUCGUCUUCUUUUCAUCGGUUGCUGCGGUGCUGGGAAGCCCUGGUCAGGUGCCUUAUUCGGCAGCAAACGCAGCCCUUGAUGGCUAUUGCGCAUUUGCCGUGCGUUCUCAAGGUACCAGGAUGCUCAGCGUUCAAUGGGGCCCCUGGAAGGAAGCUGGCAUGGCAGCGAACGAGAAGGCUUUGAGGCGCGCAAGGGAUUUCGGCUUUGGCGCGUGGAGCAACGACCAAGGUUUCGUUGUGAUGUCGAAUGUUUCUUUCUGCAACGCAUUGUCUGGCAAUAAGGCAGUGGUGACUACACUGAAGAACCUCACUGAAACCAUGCUGGGGCAUGAAGUCAGCGCAGAAGAGCCUUUGAUGGAUGCUGGCAUGGAUUCACUCUUGGCAGUGGAGUUUGCCCGCCGCCUCAGCCGAGAAUUUGGGCAAGUGUUGCCAGUGACUAUUGUAUUUGAUUGCCCGACACUCGGUGCCAUUGCGGACAGGAUCAAAAGGGGCAUGACAAAACAUGGUCUUGUAGAGACAACUUCGAAAGCAUUGCCCGUGGGGCUCACCAAUGAAAUGGCUCUUGUCUCAGCAAGCUCUUUGCUUCCGUUCUGUUUCGGCCUUGACAGUAUGCUUCAAGGGUUGGAUUGUGUGACAGGUGUACCAUUUGCCAGACUGGAUCUUGAUGUGUACUAUUCUCCAGAUAUCGAGGCUGAGGGUAUGACGUACACGAAGCAUGCAGCUUGUAUGGAUGGUGUUGAGUGGUUUGGCAACUUCUUCAACAUCAAUGCAACAGAGGCCAGGACCAUGGAUCCACAGCAACGCCUUCUCUUGGACACAGCUGUCUCGGCGAAUUGCAAAGCCUUGGAAAGGUCUGAUGCUGCCGUUGUUGUGGGCAAAGCCAAUCAUGACUGGUCAUUCCAAGAUCACCUAGCUACAUCGUUCAUGGGCACUGCUGUAUCCCCUGCGAUCACUGCCAAUCGCCUUAGCUUCCUCCUGAACUUGAAGGGGCCUAGCGUGACGAUUGAUACAGCUUGCUCGUCCAGCCUUGUCGCGCUUGCUACAGCGAUGAGAUUGCCAAGCUCUCAAGCUUUGGUAGGUGGCACCCAUGUGAUCCUGAGCCCUGUGCCAUUCAUUGGAUCUUGCGCAGCAAAGAUGCUGUCCAAAGUUGGCCGCUGCCUGACCCUUGAUGCAUCCGCUGACGGAUAUUGCAGAGGUGAGGGAGUAGGAGCUCUGAUUUUGCAGCCCAGUGCAGAUGCCAAGGUUGCCGAAAUUCUUAGUGUGGCAACCAAUCAUGAUGGGCGAAGUGCCAGCCUCACCGCUCCAAAUGGGAAGGCGCAGGAGAACCUCUUUCGAACAAGUUUGGCCUUGGCUUCUUUGCAGACAGUGGAUGUUGUGGAGCUUCACGGUACUGGAACUAAGCUUGGUGAUCCUCUUGAAGCAGCUUCCACCAUGGCUGUUUUUGGCAAGUCAGGCAAGCCUGUUUGUGGAGCUGUGAAAUCAAACAUGGGUCACUUGGAAGGAUCAGCUGGUAUGGCUGGUCUCUUCAAGCUGAUUUGUACUCUUCGCAACAAAGCUGGGCCUCCGAAUCUGCAUCUGAAGUGUCUCAACCAACACAUCUCCAGCAACAUUAUUGUGAGCGAAGCCUGUGCCGACCUCAGACAAGGCACGGCGACCUUGUCGGGGGCAGUGUCAUCUUUUGGUUUCGGUGGCAGCAACGCCCAAGCGCUUUUGAUGCCUGGCACCACAGGCUCCGGCGCAGUCAAUUGGGCCAAGGGCAAGCGCAGCAAAUCCGAAACUUUCCUACCUUGGCGACGGUUGCUCAUUCCACUCCUCAGAAGAGAUGGAGAAUCAGAUUUUGCUGUGCAGCUUGACGACGUUU